AUGGCGACAUUACGCAGUGCCACAAGCGCAGAUGUAGAGGCCUUACGCGCGGCACUGGCUCAGACUAAAGCCUACACUUUCGGACCAGAUGACGACGGAUAUGCUGCGACUAUCAAGCGAUGGAGUCGAGCAGCGGAGAAACCUGCAGGAGUAUCGAUACAGCCUACCACAGCUGAGGAGGUGUCCAUCACGCUCAAGUAUGCAUCGCAGAACGGGAUCGAUGUUGCAGUGAAGGGUGGUGGCCACUCAACAGCAGGCGCGAGCAGCACGGAUGGUGGAAUCAAUAUCGAUCUCGCCCGCAUGCGAAAUGUACGCGUCGAUCCAGAGAAGAAGUUGCUCUAUGUCGAAGGCGGCGCUCUCUGGCAUCAUGUCGAUUCGGCUGCUUGGGAACACGGCCUAGCAACUGUAGGCGGCACCGUUGCUGAUACAGGAGUCGGAGGACUAUUGCUUGGUGGAGGCUACGGGCACCUCAGCGGAAAGUAUGGCCUUACAAUCGAUAAUGUUGUCAGCAUCACGACCGUUCUCGCCAAUGGCGAUAUUGUCAAGGCCAGUGAGACCGAGUGUCCGGAUCUCUUCUGGGCAUUGCGAGGCGCCGGACAGAAUUUUGGUGUUGCUACAGAGUUCGUGCUCAAAGCAUAUCCCCAAGGAGAAGCCUAUGCAGGCAUGCUACUAUUUCCGACAACACCUGAAAUUGUUGAGAAGGUCGUCAGCGCCCUGAAUGAUCUGUUCAAGGUCAGAGAAACUGUCAAUGGCCCUAAGACCAAAGCAGGAGGGCGGCUCGGAUCUCUCCUCGCAAUCGCGAAGCCGCCACCAGCUGGUGGCCACACCAUGCUGCUUCUUCUGGUUGCCGCACCAAGUAUUGCCAAUGAGGGUGAAGGUAGAGAACUGCUCAAGCCGUUCCUAGAUAUUGGCCCAGUCGUCAACACCGUGGCUAUGUCGCCAUACCCAAAGGUUAACAAUCUUGUACCUACGGAAAGUGGCUUCCGCAGCAGCAUGAAAGGCGCAGCUUUCUUCGCACCACUUCGACCAAGAUUCGUCCUCGAAGUCGCUGCUUCGUUUGAAAAGUUUGUCGCCGACGUUCCCGAUGCUGCCGCAGGCCUUGUGGCAUUUGAGUUCUAUGAUGCGAUUAAAGUGAAUGAGUUCGAUAACGGCAGCUUUGCAAACAGAGGCUACCAUCUAAAUGGUCUGGUCAUGCCGAGCUGGAAAGAUAAAGCCAACGAUGCAAUCUGUCGACAAUGGGCGCGGGACGUCUCGAAUUUGUUCAAAGCAGAGCUGGCGAGACAAGAUCAAGAGACAAACAAGGGCGUGGAGAGUGCCAGCCGACGAGGCAAGAAGGGGGCGACAAUGCUGUAUGGCAAUUACGAUCAAUACGACGAGAUCUCCAAGGAUGUCUUUGGUGAUCACUAUGAACAGCUCCAGAGCAUCAAGGCGAAAUAUGAUCCGAAGAAUAUGUUCAAUAAGCUUUUUGCGAUAACACCAGCUCAUAAAAAUUGA